AAGUACUAUGGUGUUAUUACGUUUUUAUCGGCGACGGUUAGGUUUUUAUGCAUAAUAAAUAAGCAAUUUAGGAUAAUAAAUAGCAACGGGAUCUUGAUGAACUGAAAGUUUGAGAAACUGAGACUCCAGAACAGCUGGUUUGAGAGCAACUGAAUUUUGAGAUGAAAUGAGUGACACGAAAUUAAUAUGGCUGAAACAUCCUGCACCGCACUCCCUUUGCAAAACACAUUCCGGAAAUACUGAAAAUGAAACCGUUGCUGUUACAAGGUCAUCAGCGCUCCAUAACGCGCAUCAAGUACAAUCGCGAAGGAGACCUGCUGUUUUCGUCGUCGAAAGAUCACAAGCCGAACGUGUGGUACUCGCUGAAUGGCGAACGUUUGGGUUCGUUCAACGGCCACCAGGGCGCAGUGUGGUGCAUCGAUGUUAACUGGCAGUCGACCACAUUCAUGAGUGGCGCCGCUGACAACUCGCUCAAGUUGUGGGAUGUCGCUACUGGUGUCGAGAUUGGCAACCUGAAGACCCCGUCAUCUGUGCGAACGGCCAUGUUCAGCUACUCAGCCAACAUGGCCGCCUACUCGACAGACAACACGAUGGGCAAACAGUGCAUGAUCAACAUAAUCGAUGUGAGGACAGUGGACAGCUCAACGCUGGCCACGGCGCCCCCCACCUUCCGCAUCGCCGUCGACUCGGCCAAGGUCACCGCGCUGCUCUGGGGACCCAUUGACGAGACCAUCAUCACCGGCCACGAGAACGGCGAGAUCACCACAUGGAAUCUCAAGCAAGGGAAGGCAUGCAACACGGUGAAGGAGCACCACCAUUCCAUAAACGACAUGCAGAUGAACAAGUACGGCACGAUGUUUGUGACCGCCUCCAAGGACUUCACAGCCAAGCUGUUCAGCACUGAGGAUCUGAUUCUGCUUAAAACCUACAAAACGGAAAGGCCAGUCAACAGUGCUGCCAUUUCGCCCUUGAAGGACCAUGUGGUUUUGGGCGGUGGUCAGGAGGCGAGCGAGGUGACCACGACGUCGGCACGUGCCGGCAAGUUCGACUCGCGCUUUUACCACAUGGUAUUCGAGGAGGAAUUCGCGCGCGUCAAGGGCCACUUCGGGCCCAUCAACAGUCUCGCCUUCCACCCGGACGGCAAGAGCUACGCCAGCGGCGGAGAGGACGGCUACAUUCGACUGCAGACAUUCGAUCCUUCUUACUACGAGUUCAAGUUUGAUUACUAGCUCCGCCCCCCUCACCCGCUACUACUUUAUAAUAAAAUUAUAUGAAUAAACAAAUUUUCAAAACAAA